AUGCACGUUUCCCUGCUGGCGCUUAGCUGUGCCGCGUCCCUGCCGUUGACGGCUCUCGCCCACGCGGGCCACCACCACGACAGAGAGCCCGUUGACCUGAAGGUUUUGGAGCAGAAAUGGGGCACUGAUUGGGGCUUCUCGGGAAUCUCAACCUUUGCCCACCUCCCGCACGUGAAAUGCCUUACUGAUCCGGAAGUGGAUUUCGAUAUUGGCAUCAUCGGCGCUCCCUUCGAUACGGCUGUAAGCUACCGGCCUGGCGCCCGCUUCGGACCGCGAGCCAUCCGGGCAGGUUCGGCGCGGCAGACGUCGUUCCGCGGCUUCAACCCACGGGCGGGCAUGAACCCGUACACGUCGUGGGCCAAGGUCCUCGACUGCGGCGACAUCCCGGUGACGCCGUUCGACAACGCGCUGGCGCUGCGGCAGAUGAGCGAGGCCUUCGUCGAGCUGGGCAAGCGCCCGCCGUCGGCCGGCUCGCAGGGCUCGUCGUCGCCGUACCGGGCCAAGUCGAAGCUGAUCACGCUGGGCGGCGACCACAGCAUCGCGCUGCCGGCGCUGCGCGCGCUGCACCAGAUCCACGGCCGGCCCAUCGCCGUCGUGCACUUCGACGCCCACCUCGACACCUGGCACCCGGCCAAGUACCCGUCCGCCUGGAUCGACCCGGACGACAGCUCCACCCAGUCCUUCUUCAACCACGGCUCCAUGUUCUGGUUCGCCUCGACCGAAGGGCUCGUCGCCAACGGGUCGAGCGUGCACGCCGGCCUGCGCACCCGCCUGUCGGGCGACGACGACGCCGACUGGGUCGACGACGCCGCCCAGGGCUGGCACCGCAUCGCCGCCGACGACAUCGACGACAUUGGCGCCCGCGGCGUCGUCGACAGCAUCCUCGCGAGCGUCGGCCCGGACGCCCCCGUCUACCUGUCCGUCGACAUCGACGUCAUCGACCCCGGCAUGGCCCCCGCCACGGGCACCCCCGAGCCCGGCGGCUGGACCACCCGCGAGCUCAUCCGCAUCCUGCGCGGCAUCGAGGCCCUGAACGUCGUCGGCGCCGACAUCGUCGAGGUCAGCCCCGCGUACGACGGCCCGGCCGAGAGCACCGCCCUCGCCGCUGCCCAGGUCGGAUAUGAGAUCCUCACCAGCAUGGUGAAGAGGGGUCUGUUGGACCAGGGCAAGGUUGACGAGGGCAAGAAGGGCGAGAAGAAGGACGAGUUGUAA